ACAAUAAUAAAAGAACAAAAGAACAAUUGUCGUAGUAAUAUCUUGACGUUAAACGUGGCAAAAAAAAGGCGUCCUACGAGUAAAAUGACGUUGAAACCUUAUGAAUGUUUACUCGAUACAAAUACCCUAAAAAAAUAAUAGAAAAACAGAAGAUUUCGGUUUCAGCUGCUUGUGUGCUUGCUUAAGGACCUAAUUGUAUGUGUUUAAGCGAGAGAUUCCGGUUCAAUUGCAAUAUACAGAGGCUGAAUGUUCGUGGCAGUUGGUAGGAGUAAGACACGCUACACAGACUCAAUAACCUCCUUUGCCUCGUUCUUCCAGAACCAUAAGAUAUAGCCUGAAGAGCGUCGUGGAAGCUUCUCUGUAUUACGUGUAACGUAAAAUCAUUCAAAAGGACGAUCUGUCUCAUUUUUUUCCAAGUUUUAUUAAGUAAAAUUCGCUAAAAUCACAUAACACAAACUCGACGAAAUGCCUAUCCCGUUUAUCGCCUACAUUACCAAGACAAAGUCCGAGCAUUUCAUUAACAACUGGAAAACCUAUGCAAAAGUGCUAACUACUUUGGCCUGCUUAGGUCUUUUCAAGCUCUGGACUUCGGGUGCCAAAAACACAUGGGAACGAAAACUGAAUGGAAUGGUAGUCAUGGUCACUGGAGGAACGUCAGGCAUCGGUAAGACUGUAGUCGAGUUCCUCGCAAAAGAGGGAGCUCAGGUCGUAAUUUUGUUGCAUACUGAACCUGAUGAAAUUACCAUUGAGCAAGUAAUGAGUUUGCGGAAACGAACAAACAACCAACUCAUCUACACUGAAGUUUGCGACCUUUCGUCCAUGUUAUCUGUGCGCAAGUUUGCGACAAAAUGGAUCGAUGCGGUUCCCGUCCGUCGUCUUGACAUGGUGAUUUUGUGCAGUGGCUAUAUGCAACCACCGUUUUCCACACGGCAAACGACAAAAGAGGGCAUUGAAUGGCAAUGGGCUGUUAACUUUUUGGGUCCAUACCAGUUGUUGCGAAUCCUGCGUCCUGCCAUUGUGGCCCAACCUGCGCAUCGAGAGGUUCGCAUUAUUUCCAUGACUUGCUCGGCGUAUGUGAUCGGUGACCUAGACAUACAAGACCUAAAUUAUGUGCAUCGUCCAUUCCCUAGUCGUCGUCCCUGGAGAGCCUUUGGUGCAGCCAAAUUAGCACUCAUGUCAUUCCUUACACACUACCAAGUGCAAAUGGUUCGUCAAGAACGACCAGACAAACUUCCUUCUAAUGUUCACACCAUUAUGGUUGAUCCUGGUCUUGUGCGUACUCCCGGACUGCGUCUCUUCCUUUCCCUGGGUACCGUUUGGGGCCUUAUUCUUUACUUACUUACAUGGCCUAUCUGGUGGCUUUUUCUGAAGGGCACAAAUGCGGGAGCCCAGUCAGUAUUGAACGCUAUUUGCAGUCCACAGUACGGCAUGAUGAAGGAGCCCAUUCUUCUUCGUGAAUGUUCUCCGGUUGUUGCUAGUCGCAAAGAAAUGCUCCUCGAAAGCUUUGCCGAGAAGCUGGAAAAGGCUGCCGACAAACAAAUUGCUGAAGCAGAGGCCAUCUACAAAAAGAACAAGGCCAAGACAGGAGCGAAGAAGUAAAAAGCGUCUAGCUCGCUUCACUCUUUUCUUAGAACUGCAAAAAAAAACCGCUCCAAAACCAUUCACUCUAUACCGUCUCUCUCACACACACACACUGUCAUCUCAUCUCGCAUGGUUCCCAUUGUAAAUGCUAUUUCAUACAGGCAAACGAUUCCAUCUAUCGUCUAACGUACAAACCAAAAAAAAAGAAAAGAAAGUAAUUAAACAUGUACCCAAUUUUUCCGCGUUUUCCUUACUCGGCCAAGACGUCACGCUUGUGACGCUGGUAAGGCUUCAGUUUCCAUUCCACGUCAGCGUCCUCCAUAUCCAGAGUUCCCAAACGAAUCUCGUAAAGACGCAUCUCAAAACGAGGACCCACCUCUGACAGAACGACAUCUUUGGGUCCGCUUUUCACGUAGACAUGAUGCCGGAAACUGAUGUAGUCAGAGUUGUUUGCAAAGGUCACAACACGAGGUGUCGUGUCCUUGGGUUCUGGAGGGAAUAAGGCUGACAGAACUUUUUGAGUACGCUUACCAAGCUUCGUGGUAAGGUUGUGGAAAAUCAAGUGAGGAUACGCUUCGGACAUCGUGCCGGUAUUUGGAAUGUCAUGACGGAGCACGACGUUGUGCAAGGUGAAAGAAACAGUUGGUCCGUACGGCAAGUGUGAAAUAACAAGUCCGUCAGGAUUACCGCGAUGUUCGUGCAAGACGACUAUGUCUGUAACGUCAUUCGCACGAGCAGCUUCGACCAGGCUUCCGACGACAAUGUUACCACGAUUCAAACGGUAUGCGUUGGGUAUGAGAAGACGCAUUUCCUUUGCAAACUGAGCCAGUCUAGAGGACGGUUCACGACUGGUCGUCACCAAGACCUUAGGCUCCCGCUCACCGAUCGUGCCAUAUUCGUCGUCAAUCUCUGGAACAUCGUCUGUCGCUGCGGUUUUGCUUUCAUCGUAUUUGUAGUCUUUUUGCAGUUGGGUGUCGUCUUGGACUUCUUUUGGUAGUUCCUUGUUGGAUUCCAAGGCCACUCUUAAAGCACGUCGUUUUUCAUUUAGUUUAGCCUCUUGAAGCUCUUUAUUUCUUUUAUAAAUGUACUGUCUCCGCUCACGAGCUGCUCGGCGCAACAUUCUGUAACUUUUUUUCCUUUUUUGUGGUGGACUUGGGAGAAGGCAGGAACACUGCGAGUCCAGUGGAGAAAUGCUCCCAAACAGAAAAACGAAACACUG